GACGACGUUCCAGCGCUUGACGCUAAUUUUAUUGAUUCGCCGUCGUGAGAAAAGGCUGAUACAUAACGUGAACAACACAAACGGUUUAUAGGCGGAAAUGAUGAAACCGGUUUUACGAAUAAACCAACCAAACUAGAACUAGACAAAUGACGUCACAAGACGUUCAACCGAUAUCUUUGGAGGAAGAGUACAGAAAGAAGACAGGGAUCAGUCCAGAAGAUAUACAGAAGUUACGUAGUUGGAUGCAGACACAGCCGCAUCUGCCAGAGAAAUAUAUUACAGAUUUAGAUUUAAUCCUGGCGUUCCAUUCCUGCGACUGUAGUUCGGGCCUAACGAAGCAAGUGCUGGACACACAUUACACUUUGAGGACUUUGUUCCCCUGCUUCAAGGACCGCAGAGUAGAUCAAGUCAUAGAGACGGCCGAAACGGUGCUCCUGAUACCUUUGCCGACGCCAGCAAAGCAUGGCUACAAAAUAAACUACAGUCACGUUCUAAAAACAGAUCCAAAAUCUUUCAAUUUUAGCGAAACAGUUAAGGCGUUGUUUAUGAUAAUAGAUGUUUACCAGUACGAAGAAGGAACAUGGCCUGGAUUUCUAUUUGUUGUAGACUUUGAAGGUAUCUCCCUAGGUCAUUUAGGCAAGAUAGACUUGCAAAGUUUACAACAUGUACUAUAUUUUCUUCAGGAGGCUAUGCUGGUUAAAUUAAAGGGCAUGCACUUCAUCAACGCACCGUCCUUCAUCGAUAAACUUUUAUUGAUGAUGAGGCCUUUCUUGAAGAAGGAACUCAUGGAUAUGUUACACAUCCAUACAACCGGAUCUAACAAACUACAAAAUUUUAUUGACAUAGAAGCCCUGCCAAAAGAAGCUGGCGGCUCGUACAAAAGCAUUCACGGAUGUAAAGAUGACGUCAUAGCCAAGUUGAAAAAACAUGCAGAUUUUUUCGAAAAAGAAAAAUACAAACGUGUUACGGAAUCUCUGAGACCUGGAAGACCUAAAACGAUAACAGAUAUCUUCGGAGGAAUCGAAGGCUCCUUCAAGAAGCUGGAAAUAGAUUGAGAGAGAGAGCACGCUUUAACACAAUCAAAUGAAUUACUUGUUAUGUUUCAAUAAAAUGACACGAAAAAUUUUGUCUCUAAUACUUUUAUAAUAUCACUUCGAUAUAAAGAAGGAACAGUAUUUAAGAUAACAAAGUCUUGUAAAGAUUUAUAAAAAUAUUAUUGAUGAAAAAAUUUUAUAUUAUUUAAAUAAAAAUAUAUUCGAUUAUAAUCGGCA